AUGAAGAACAGUCUAUUAUUCUUUUUGAUAUUGAAAUUGGCCUUGGGAGCCAUAACCUGGGAGAUGGUACUUUCAAAUCAAACUGAUCUUUAUCAAUACUUCAACCUAGUAAGAUGUUUAGCUGCUAAUGAACCCACAUCUAAUAGUACAAUUGGAUUGGACCAUGACAAUAUACUAAGUAUAGAUACUACAACUCAAGAUCCUGACCAUGCAAGCUUUGUGUUUGGUUACUGCUGGAAAAACUAUGGUAGAAUCCUGUUGCAUCACACCAAUAAUAAUUCAGAAAACUACAUCAUUCAACCUAUUCACAUAACAGAAACUCUAGAUGGUCAUGAAAUGUUUAAAUAUUGCAGAAGAGGAGGGCGUGUUAGUGCUAGAGAUACAACAUUUAGUGGGUAUGGUUUAUAA